CUUCAGCCCGUUUCGCCUCAUUUUUCUAUUCAUUCACUUACGAUUUAAUAUUUGAAUCUGCGUUUUCAUACAUGUUUGUCGCUCGCUAUUUACAAGUUAAGGGCCAAUUUGUUGAGUACGAUUGAUUGCUGGCAGGAUUCAUUGUCGUGACUACCUAGGUACGCGACAGCGUGUCAGUGAAUAGUUUUCACGGCUUGCGUCGGAAUUUGACUCGAUGGCUAAUGGUUCAAAUUCUUACUUAUGUGGAUUAUUCCACUCAAGGCCAAGGCCUACACAUGAGCCACCUAGGGAUGAUAGUGAAGGUCUGAGAGGGGUUGAAUUUUCGCCCCGAGCGUCAGUUUCAAGCUCAAUUGUAUCGCCUCUUACGCCCGAUCCAACGCCAGCUCAAAUCGCAUUUUCAAGAGCACAGGCACAGGCUACACCACGAGUGAUUCUUCCUGCUACAAAUCUUAACAAUCCAGAGAUCGCUGGGUAUUAUUCACCACCCGCUCCACCGCCGCCACCGAGGUUAGAUCCUACUAGAGAGUUGAGAGGAUACUAUGCUCCUGAGCCAGCUCCCAUUAGGCGAAUGCCCCAACAGCAUAUUCCGCGACCUGUCGCACAGCCAGUUCCAGUUCGUCCCGAAAAGAUGACUUACUCAUGAUUACAUAAUCACGAUACUGUGGGGUUCACCCCUAUCUUGAAGUUACACAAGAGGGCUUAUUGCUAGGUGUUUGGAGAAGAGGACGAUGAAUCGACGGUUUAUGGCGCUAUUUUUUAGUCAUAGGGAUUGAUGCGAGUCUUUUUUAGAGGCGAAGUCAUGUAAAUUUGGCGCUUGGGGUGGGUUGGUAGCAUAUUGAUAUCUCUUUCAUAUUUUUAAUUCUCGCACUUUUCGUCAGAUAUACUUAUUUUUUCAUCAAUGCUAAUGCUUAAUAUUAGUAGGCAAACCCUUAUCCCGGUCAAAUCAUUGCACGUGCCUAUUUUAGCGCGUACAUCUCGUUCGCAUCAUAAUAUGGUUGCUAUGAAUGGCUGACGAUGAUUUCAUCUCGAAUUUCCCCCAAAUUAAGAAGAUAGACUCUACCUAGGUAACUAUAUUAGACCAAGGUUUUAAUAUUAAACGCCUAGCAAGGCCAUACGCCUAUGAUAUGACGAUAUGGCAAAUUGUAUCUAUAGGUAUGCCCUUUUUUUAGGGUUGGAGGAUACCAUAGGCGUUGACCUACUUGUCAUUGUACGCGCUCUAUUCGUAGCUAUCCGAUCGCAGAGAGCAAACCCCGCCUUAAGCUC